AUGGAGAAUAUAAGAGGUGAUGAGUUUAGAGCUGGGUUUAGAGUAGUUUUAGAUAGAGAAACUAAGAAUCCUCAUGUAGUUCAUCAUCCACCACCGCUUACAGCUAUAGAUAGGUUCUUAUUGAGUAGUUCAUCAUCAGAGAAACAGAUUUCUCCUACCGAGUUAUGUGGUUCUUCGUCUACAACUAUUAAUAGUUUUGGUGGUGCAGUGGAUGGAAAUGGGUAUUUGUCAUUACCAAGUCUAACAGAUAUUAGUUUUGUUGAUGGUUUGUUGGUAGAUGGGAACAGUGACAAUUUUAGAAAUGAUGGUCAUAAGAUGAAGAAGAUUAGUAAGAGAUUGCCAGAGUCGUCGUUGUCGAUGCCCACAUCUCCUAUUUUCAUAAAAGGACAAUGGACUGAUGGGGAAGACAGGUUGUUGGUCAGAUUGGUGAAGCAAUAUGGGGAGAGAAAAUGGGCUCAGAUUGCUCACAAGUUAGGAGGUCGUGCCGGAAAACAAUGUAGAGAAAGAUGGCAUAAUCAUUUACGCCCUGAUAUCAAGAAGGAUACAUGGAGUGAAGAAGAAGAGAGAUUGUUAGUCGAAACUCAUCAGAAGGUUGGCAACAGGUGGGCUGAAAUUGCUAAAAGAAUCCCCGGGAGAACCGAAAACUCCAUAAAGAAUCACUGGAAUGCCACCAAAAGAAGGCUGAAUUCGAGGAGAAAAAAUAACAAAAGGACAGCGGCAAAAUCUAAGGCAUCUUUCUUGCAAAGUUAUAUCAAUGGCAGCUGCAUCAAAGAAAACAUCCUCUCCUCCUCCUCAUCCUCCACCACCACCACCCUUGCAAUCACUGAACCACCAAAUGGUAUUUUCUUGAACUCAUCAAACCAACUCAGCAGUGUUUUACACCCAGAACCAUCUAGUGAUUCUUCAUUUACGGAUGAUUCUCCUCUUACACUUGUUGCCCAGACACACGAUGAUGAACUCCUUUUCAUACAAAAAUUCUUCGAAGACAUCUAUAGUAAACAACAGCUUGUUUCAUCAUCUUUGGUUCAUAACAAAACCCAGAUAGGUCAUGAGAAUACUCCAACUUAUGACUAUGGAUAUGGACACCGUAAUUCUUCUGUUUUUGAUAUUGAUAGUUCAUCACUUCAAACACUCAAGUAUGGUGAUCCACCCGCAAUGGGGAUAUAUAAUGAUCACGAAUUCAUGGUGAAUGUCUCCUCCACCUCUCCAAGUACAGAUUUUACAAAUUUCUAUACAGCCAAUAACACCAUACAAGAUGCUCAUGAUUACAGUGGUGGUAGUACUGAAAGUUGUAGUAUUAACAGCUGCAGCACUACCAAUUCAUCAACCCAUGUUAAUUCCGAUCUCUACAUUUCAUAUCUGUUGAAUGAAGUCGGUUCUUUUUCGUCAUCAAAUAAUAAUACCUCAGAAUCUCAGUGCUACCACGGACACCCUGAUAGUUUCAUGGACUACUUGUGGACGGAUGGUCGCGGCUCAUAUCAUACUCCUAUGAAGAGAGAUAUGGAUUUGAUAGAGAUGGUUUCGUUUUCAAACUAUUCUGGCUCUCAUGAUUAG